GACACUGCAUUUUGUGGAGGGAACGACCGGACGCCGCCGGGAGAAAGGGAGAGGAUCCUCGGCAGACCGGGUUCGUCCGUUUUCUUCUAGUACUUCCAGACCAGCAGCCGUCCAGUUCGGAGUCACCGCAUCCACUACGAGCUCGCAGGUCUAUAAUAAUAGGCACCUAUCAGGACGAGCGCUGCGGCCAUAUCUGACAAGUACAGUCUUUCGGUCGCAGGAUAAGCACAUAAACAUAUCAAGAUGGGUAAGGGUUACGAUAGCGACGAAAAUACCGUAGAAGAAUGUCCACUGGCCGACGGACUGCGAUUAGUGGCCAAACAGGAGUUGCGCGAGGAUGAUGUUAUCAGGACACAUUCGUUGCGAGCAAUGCGCAACUGGAUCAGGAAACACCCGGACAUCGUUAACUGUCGCACAGAUGCACCGUUCCUGUUACGAUUUUUAAGAACGAAAAAAUUCAGCGUUCCCAUGGCACAAGACAUGCUGGAACGGUACUUGGUCAUCAGACAACUGUAUCCACAGUGGUUCUCCAAACUGGAUGUCGACGACCCGGUCAUAUCCGACAUAUUAGACAGCGGAUACCUGGUACCGUUGCCGGGCCGAGAUGAAUUUGGCAGGUGUGUAAUGUUCUCGUGUGCCGGCCGUUUCGAUCCAUACAAGUACACGUCAGCGGAUAUGGCCCGUGUGCACGCGCUUAUCGGCGAGAGCCUUAUGGACGACCCCGAAAACCAGAUCAAAGGGUACAGUUAUGUCAACGACGAGUCCGGAUUGCUGAUGGGACACAUGACGCUGUGGUCGUUUUCAGAUCUAAAACGCAUCAUACGGUGUUUGCAAAGUUCAACGCCAAUGAGACACAAGUCCACGUACUUCAUAAACGUCCCUAAUUUCGCAGACAAGUUUUUCACGGCCACGGUUUCAUUUUUAAACUCCAAACUCAAGAGCCGAGUAAAGUUCUUCAGCGGUCAAAAAGACAUACAGAAAUUCAUCGACCCCAAAUAUCUACCAAAAGAGUACGGUGGUGAAAUACCUUUGGCCACAAUGAUAGUUGAAUUGAAGAAGAAACUCAGAGCCAAACGUGAAAUGUUAAUGGCUCUAGACGACAUGAAAAUUAACAUUAAUGGAAAAGGAAAAAUAAUUAGUGAAUUCGACGACAUGCAAAAAGAACUAACCGGAUCAUUCAGGAAAUUGGAAGUCGAUUGAUGUGUAUUUUUAUUAAUUUUAAUUUUUUAUUUUAUUGUUACCAUAAUAUUAUUGUAUGUCCAUUACCACCAUUCGUGAAGAUUUUAUUUGUUUUAUAAUUUUUAGUAAUAUAAUUUUCUUUUAAUAAAGAACCAUUAUAGGAAUAUCAACAAA